UUGGAAUGGAAAUGGCUAGAUAAGCCGGAUGAUGUCAUCUCGGGAAUUCAGGUAUUCCGUCUAGAGGAAGGCAAAGACGAAGACGAGCUGGUGUUACUUUAUGAGAGUGAAGCAAUAAAGAAUCAUUCUCAUCCACAGUGGGCGGAGUUUCGAUUGGGAACUCAGGAUGCAGCCGACAAUAGGAACAGGUUAUUGGAAGUUUGGGUGAUGUACAGAGACGUCGACAAUUCAGAAGGAUUCAUUGGAAAGUUUCUCACCACCUAUGCCAAAAUGAAGUACGGUCCUGGGCCUGACAACGUUUAUGCUGUUAUAAACGAGACGAAACAACAACAGAAGAAGAGCUACGAGAACAGUGGACGAAUGGAAUUGGUGAAGUUCACAGAUGUCUCCUUUUUCUCCUUUCUGGACUACAUUGUCAGCGGAACACAAUUGCAUUACGAAGUUGCGGUCGAUUUUUCAUCGGAGACAUUACCGAGUAAGUCCGAACAGAGCCGAUUUGACUCCGAGGUACAGCUGGCUAUCCGUGCCAUUGGUGGCAUUCUCAGGGAUUACACACCGAAUCGUCUAUUCGCUGCGUUCGGCAUUGGAGCCAAAACCCCACCAACGUUCCAGGAAGCCCAUGAAUUUCACUUGAAUUUUAACGUCGAACCAAUCUGUCUCGGUCUUGACGGUGUCAUUGAAGCAUUUCGCAAGGCGCAGUCAGUUAUAUCGCCGACAAAGACUGCGAAAUUCGCUCCCAUUGUCUCUUAUGCCAUC